AGCGUUCUCGGAUACGGCGCGCGCACGAAGAAGCGCGGAGCUCAACAACAGGCUGGCUGGAGUGUGCUGCUGCUGCUGCUGCUGUGGUGAAUAAUGUAGACUUAUCACCGGGAACGACGCUUGCCAGGUGCCAAGAGAGCUGGGGACUUAUCUGUUCAGCUACAUCCUUAAUCCUCGUCAAGUCUCAGCUGACCUUUGCUGCGCUCCUCGUCGGCUCCUUCGCACCCCCCUCCCCUUCCUCCCCUCCGUCCCCCUGUCUUAAUCUCCCCCUCCUCUGUUUGGUGUCUCCCAGCCUCCGGGCUUAUUACUCAAACCCACAGACGGGAACAACACAGUGGUUGGCAAAGGAUGAAGCGGCUCUGCUCACCAAUACCAGACAGAGGAUAGAAGACACAAAAAAGACUCGCAAAGGGAGGAGCGACAGUAAGAUAGAAAAAGAAAGACAACCAGCAGAGAGAAAGAGAGAGAGAGCAGCUAGAAAUCUGUGAGCGGCAACAGAAACAGUCAAGAUGCCGCCACAAAGGAAGUGCACACGUUUCAGUUGAGUGUCACCAUCUAGCAACAGUCUCCAAACAAACUUAGGACUUUUUUUUUAAAACUGUCUUUUGGUCAGCUUGCUCAAAGAAGUUGUGGAGACACACACUUCUGCUCGCCGAGGCUCCCCGCUAACCAGCUAUGUCUGCGUAAGAAGAGUUCAGUCAUGCCAGCCAAGGGGAAGUACCUGUUGAACGACCAGGAGCUGAAGAAUGAGGCGCUGUACCGCAGGUUCUCCUGCAUCAACCAGUAUCAGCAGCUGGUUCGCCUGCUGGGCCUCUCCAUGCUCUCCUGCGGGACUCUCCUCAUCAUCUUCUUUGCCCUGGGACUGAGAGCUGAGGAUGAUUAUGCCUUUGUGAGCGUGGUGAGCAGCAGCCUGUGUGUGUUCCUGGCUGUGCUAGUGCUGGUGUGCACGGAGCUGCUCGCACAGCGAUGGAGGCUUUUACUCGGCCUGAUCAUCUGGGUCACACAUCUCACCUUGGGGUACACCUUCAUCUUCAGCAGCCGUAUCGUCGUGGCGUGGGACCAGGUGCCUUUCUUCCUUUUUAUCAUCUUCACAGUAUACACCAUGCUGCCGUUCCAGCUGUGGCACGCCGUAGGGCUGAGUGUUAUCUCCUCCCUCUCACACAUUAUGGCUCUCUCACUGCGACUAACUGUUUACAGGAAGAAGUCAGACCCUGACCGCGACUUAGCCAAUCAGCUGCUGUCCAAUGCAGUGCUGUUUUUUUGUGGCUGUGCCGUGGGAGCCUUUCAUAAGGUCCUAAUGGAGAAAACACUGAAGCAGACCUACCAAGACACUCUGAGGUGUCUGAGCAUGAGGAUGAAGCUGGAGAUAGAAAAGAGACAACAGGAGAACCUGCUGCAGUCUGUUCUCCCCGUUUAUAUCUCCAUGAAGAUGAAAUUGGCAAUAAUGGAGCGCUUGCAGGACUGUAAAGACAAAGAGGAGCGACAGCGACUGGUCAAAGAUAACAACUUCCACAGCCUUUAUGUAAAGAGGCAUGAGAACGUCAGUAUUCUGUAUGCAGACAUUGUUGGCUUCACUCGUUUGGCCAGUGACUGUUCUCCUAAGGAGCUUGUAAUUAUGCUCAACGAACUGUUUGGCAAAUUUGACCAAAUAGCUAAGGAGAAUGAAUGCAUGAGAAUCAAGAUCCUGGGGGACUGCUACUACUGUGUGUCUGGGUUGCCGGUCUCGCUGCCUAAACAUGCCAAGAACUGUGUCAAAAUGGGCCUGGACAUGUGUGAAGCCAUUAAGCAGGUUCGGGAAGCCACAGGGGUGGAUAUCAACAUGAGAGUUGGGGUUCACUCAGGCAACGUGCUCUGCGGCGUGAUCGGCCUCCGGAAGUGGCAGUUUGACGUGUGGUCGCACGAYGUCACUCUGGCCAAUCACAUGGAGUCAGGAGGAGUCCCCGGGCGUGUCCACAUCACAGAGGCAACCCUGAAACACCUGAAUAAGGCUUAUGAAGUAGAAGAGGGCAACGGCCACCUCAGAGACUCUUACCUCAAUGAACUCAAUGUMCGCACCUACCUAGUGAUUGAUCCAAGGUCCAAGGAUCCGUCCCUGAACACCCGAAACACAGCUAAACCUCGAGUGAACGAUGGACUGAAGAUGAGGGCAUCUGUCCGUAUGACGCGCUACCUUGAAUCCUGGGGCGCCGUGAAACCUUUUGCCCACCUGCAGAGCCGGGAGGGCUUCACAUCAGACAACAUCGUUAAUGGGAAGACACGCUUCAAGGACAUUCCUUUACGACCGACCCCAAGCUCCAAGAUCACUGAUAGCUUUGAUGAGUCACUUGAAGAGCCGUUCUCCUUGUCCACACCUCCACUCAGCAGCAAUAAGCAGUGGUUCAAGUCUGAAGAAAGUGGCAGUUUAGCUUUGUUCUUUCCUAAAAAGGAUCUGGAAAAGCAGUACCGAGCCCUGGACCUGCCCAUGUUCAAGCACUAUGUGGGCUGUGCCACCUUCAUCUUCUUCUGCAUCUUUGUGGUCCAGAUGUUUGUCACAAAGGAUCGACACAGGUUGGGCACCACAUUCGGAGUGUUGGUUUGUGUGCUGCUGCUGACCCUGGCCAUCUGCUUCGCAGGUCACUUGCAGCGCGUGUUUCCAGAUAAGCUGUCAAGGUGUCAGUGGCUGCCAGCUGUAUCGGAGGCGGUGGUGAAACGGCCAUGUGUGCGCCUCCCGCUGGCAACCAUCACUAUUGCCGUCAUCAUUGUCUUGGCACUGUUCAACCUGUGCUUCGACACACACAUUGGCGAGGAUAAUGAUGACCUGUUCUAUCUGCCUUACUCUGUAUACUGCUGCAUCCUGUCACUCAUCGCCUGUGGAGCCUUCCUCCGCUUGAGCUUCGAGCUCAAAGUGCUCUUCCUCGUCGCGGCGUUCACCGCGUACUACGUCCUCAUCCUCAACACCAAGGAAAAUCUGUUUUUGAGCUACGGAAACUUCACUUACCUUCAGAUUAGCUCCGCCUGUAACUGCAGCAGAGAGGAUGAGCUGAAGAAAAUCAUCUGCUGCAUCGGGUUGUUGAAACACCCCCAGAUAAUGAGCUGCAUUUACAUCGCCCUCUUCCUGGUCACGACGCUCAUCAUAUCUCAUCAGAACGAGUACCGCUUCCGGCAGGACUUCCUGCUGAAGUACAAGAACCGCACGGAGCAGGACGAGAUCGAGACGAGGGAGAACCUGAACCGCCUGCUGCUGGAGAACGUGCUGCCCGCUCAUGUGGCCACGCUGUUUGUCGGGGAAAAUAAGAAGAACGAGGACCUCUACUACAAGUCCUAUGACUGUGUGUGUGUGAUGUUUGCCUCAGUGCCAGAUUUCAAAGAAUUUUACACCGAGUGUGAUAUUAAUAAGGAAGGCCUGGAAUGCCUGAGGCUGCUCAAUGAGAUCAUCGCCGACUUUGACGAGCUGCUGUCCAAACCAAAGUUCAGUGGUGUGGAGAAGAUCAAGACAAUUGGCAGCACUUACAUGGCAUCUGCAGGGCUUAGUGGGCUGCCCGGUCAGGAGAACAAUCAGGUGGGCAGGCAGAGCAGGGACAAAGACAGGCAGCAGGCUCAGAUAGGAAUCAUAGUGGAAUUCGCCAUCGCCAUGAUGGGCAAGUUGGACGGCAUCAACAGACACUCCUUCAACAGCUUCAGGCUGAGAGUGGGAAUUAACUAUGGUCCAGUGAUAGCUGGUGUGAUCGGGGCCAGGAAACCCCAGUACGACAUCUGGGGCAACACGGUGAAUGUAGCCAGUAGGAUGGAGAGCACCGGAGAGCUGGGAAAGAUCCAGGUAACAGAGGAGACCUCCGCGGUGCUGAACCGGCUGGGUUACUCCUGUGAGUGUCGAGGACUCAUCAACGUGAAGGGGAAAGGGGAGCUAAAGACCUUCUUUGUGUGCACUGACACRAGCAAGCAGCAAGGCAUGAGCCUGAGCUGAGGCCCGGACUGAGCUGAACGCAGACUCUCGUACACGAGUUUACAGACUCCUUCACAUCACAGACAGGAACACUGUGGUGUUACUGAGAGAAGAAAAAAAAAGAUUUGGAUGAACUGCUUUUUCGAUCGUGUGCUGGAUUUCACCGAAGGAGACCGGGAGAAAACAGUUGGUACAAUCAGCAUCUUUUUUUUAAAUUCACAAACAUGUCUUGUGAUCUGUUACUUUUGUACUUUUUGUCUCCAUCUUAAUGUGAUAAAAAAAAACAUGUAUUGGAAUAAUGCCAAGUUAGAUUAUUCUUGAACACAUUUUUUGCUCUUGAUUUUCGCAAAACAGUAAUUUAUUCUAAAUUUGAUCAGAAUGAAUUUGGUUGAAUUGGAUGGUUUAUUAGAACUUGUGUGCCGAGAGGACUUUUGUUGUGAAAUUUGCACUCUGAACACAUUGAAGGAAAGAAAAUGUUCUGGAAACUUCUUUUUCCCCCACUUAAAAACAGGAUCUACUGAUGCAACCCUUUUUUUUUAGUAAGAUUAAAAUUCCUAAAACCCUCAUAGCUUUAGGUUCAGGUGGAAUAACCUUACUCACAUUAUUUUAAUUAAGGUCCAGCUGUGCAUUUUAGCCAUAAUAACCAUUUAAACCUGAACUAAUAAAUGACAAAAACACACAUUGUGUUUCAUUAGGACAAGUUUUAAAACAGUUUGUAAUCCAUCGGUUUGGUUCAUUCUGCUCACGUAUUGAAAAACAAAUCUCUGGUAUUUUUUGCUUCUCGUUUCCAUCCACGCUGCGAUGGUGGAAGUCUGAUGCAUGUCCUCCGUCUGUGUGAUCCAACAACCUGCCUGCUGUGGAUGGGUUUAUUAUCACCUGAACACCCUCAGUGCUUCUGAAACUCUGUCUUGUGGCCUUAUUCGUCCGACACAAACAUCUCGUCUGUAAUUACGAUUACAUAAUAGCAUACUGGCAAUUUUGUGAACAACUGUGACGUUGACUUUUUGUACAGAUACAGAAUGUAAUAAAUGUUUUCUUAAGUC